UCAUUGGGGAGCUCCGAACGUUUUGGUGCCGUUACUAACAGGGCAUAAAAAACUCAGCUCUCUUACAGGUGACGACAAGGCCGAGAGGCAGAGAGAAGAUGAAGGGGGUUGGAUUUCAGUACUGUAGUCCUCGAUCUACCUCAAUAAAUUCCACCCCCCAUGCCCUUUUCCUCUCAUUCCUUCCCUUGCUUUCUUCUCUGUCUUUCCCUUUCUCCGUUUCCCGUCUUUCUCCUCGUCUCUCCAGAACGUCCCCUUUCUCUGGCAUUGCAGUUUCUCGACGUUUGAUCGAGUCCUCCCGCAGACAAGACAGGAACGUAGGCUAAAUUCUCUUUUAGUAGGAGAAUAGAUAAAUCAGAAGAAGAAAGAUGACGAUCACCCCGGCAGUUAGAAUUGCCGAGAAGAAACUCUUUGUCAAGGACCGCAUGAUCCUUUCCGGCGUGCCCGAUAAUGUAAUUUCCACUUCUGCUGCGACAUCUAGCCCUGUUGAAGGUAUUUUCGUCGGGGCCCAAUUUCCAGAAAACAGUAGCCGGCACGUGAUUUCUCUCGGCACUCUCAGGGACAUCCGAUUUCUGUCAUGCUUCCGAUUCAAACUAUGGUGGAUGGCCCAGAGGAUGGGUGAUCAAGGCCGGGACGUCCCACUUGAAACCCAAUUCUUAUUGGUGGAAACCAAAGGUGGGUCCUAUCUCGAAUUGGCCGAUAGCAGUAGAGAUGAUGAGAACCAGAUCGUCUACACCGUCUUUCUCCCUCUUACUGAAGGCCCAUUCCGGGCCUGCCUCCAAGGCAACCCCCAAGAUGAGCUUGAGCUCUGCAUUGAAAGCGGUGAUUCUGAUACAAAAGCCUCAUCUUUCACCCACUCCCUCUUCAUCAGUGCGGGGAUUGACCCAUUCGCAGCCAUCACAGAAGCAAUCGAGGCCGUGAAGUCACACCUGAAGACAUUCCGCCAGCGGCACGAGAAGAAGCUCCCUAGCAUCAUGGAUUACUUUGGUUGGUGCACGUGGGACGCAUUCUAUCAAGACGUCACUCAGGAAGGCGUAGAAUCCGGAUUGCAGAGUCUGGCAGCAGGUGGGACUCCCCCCAAAUUCGUGAUCAUUGAUGAUGGAUGGCAGUCGGUGGGAACCGAUCCUCAACCCGAUCAGAAAGAGCUUGAUUAUAAGCCCCUACCACGGUUGACAAACAUCAAAGAGAACAACAAGUUCCAAACUAGGGAUGAUCCUUCAAUUGGGAUCCAAAACAUCGUGAAGAUUGCCAAGGAGAAGUACGGACUCAAGUAUGUGUACGUGUGGCACGCGAUCACAGGGUAUUGGGGUGGGGUGCGGCCCGGUGUUCAGGGAAUGGAGCAGUAUGGAUCGAAAAUGCAGUACCCUCUGAUAUCGCAGGGAGUGGCGGAGAAUGAUCCAGGUAUGAAGACGGAGGUAAUGACAUUGCAGGGCUUGGGGCUGGUGAAUCCCAAGAAUGUGUACCGAUUCUAUAAUGAGCUGCAUGGGUACUUGGCGUCGGCUGCGGUGGAUGGUGUCAAGGUGGAUGUGCAGUGCAUUUUAGAGACGCUUGGGGCUGGAUUGGGUGGGAGAGUGCAACUCACAAGGCAGUAUCACCAGGCGCUGGAUGCGUCCAUCGCUAAGAAUUUUCCGGACAACGGAUGCAUUGCUUGCAUGAGCCACAACACUGAUGCACUCUACUGCUCGAAACAGACGGCAGUGGUGAGAGCUUCAGAUGAUUUCUUUCCCCGGGAUCCAAUGUCACACACAAUCCACAUAGCAGCUGUGGCCUACAACAGCAUCUUCCUCGGCGAGUUCAUGCAACCGGAUUGGGACAUGUUCCAUUCCCUCCACCCUGCUGCGGAGUACCAUGCAUCAGCUAGGGCAAUUAGCGGAGGACCCAUUUAUGUCAGUGAUAAGCCUGGGGAGCACAACUUUGAGCUGUUGAAGAAGCUGGUCUUGCCUGAUGGCUCCAUUCUCCGAGCCCGUCUCCCUGGUCGGCCCACCCGUGAUUGUCUCUUCGCUGACCCAACUCGCGAUGGAGUGAGUCUGCUGAAGAUAUGGAACAUGAACAAGUACACUGGAGUCCUGGGCGUAUACAACUGCCAAGGUGCAGCAUGGAGUAGCAUUGAGAAGAAGAACGUAUUCCACCAUACCCAGGCCGAGGUCCUAUCAUGUGCUGUUAGCGGCCGCGACGUCCAUCUUCUAUCAGAGGCAUCAAUUGACCCUGAUUGGAAUGGGGAUUGCAUCAUCUACCGUCACAGGGGCAGGGAUCUGGUCUGCCUCCCUAACAGUGCUGUCCUGCCUGUGUCCCUCAAAGUCUUAGAACAUGAAAUUUUCACCAUUUCGCCUAUCAAGGUCUUUAUGCCCGGAUUUAGUUUUGCACCAUUGGGAUUGGUGGACAUGUUCAAUGCUGGAGGAGCGAUACAAGGGCUGAGAUACCAAGUCGGAGAUUGCGCUGCCUUAACUGAACUGGAUUCAGGUUUUAUGGGGGAAGCAAAUGGGAUUUCUCUUCAGCCAUUUGAGAAUAGGAGCUCCGAAGCAGUGGGGACAGUUUUCAUGGAGGUGAAAGGGUGUGGCACGCUCGGUGCUUACUUAUCAGCAAAGCCCAGGAAGUGUCUGGUGGGAUCAGACCCUGUCAACUUCUCUUAUGAUUCUUCUUGUGGGCUAUUGACUCUCAAUUUGGUUAACAUCCUAGGGGGCGAUAAAAACUUCCACAAUGUAGUAAUUGAGGUAUAAAUUGAUAUGAUAGUAUACUUGGGGGUGUA